AGGGAAAGAUGGUUCUUCUACGGCAGUUCAGGCUUCUUCUCUGGAAGAACUACAUCUUGCAGAAGCGGCAGAUUCUGGUCACGAUUAUAGAGAUCUGCCUGCCGCUGCUGUUCGCUGCGAUCCUCAUCGCCCUUCGCCACCGGGUGCAUUCGGUCGACCAUCCCAACGCCACCAUCUACAAGAACCAGUCGGUGGACGGCCUGCCGCCUUUCUUCCGCGACUGGCAUGGGCGCAGGCCCUGGCAGCUGGCGUACGUCCCCUCCAACAACACGGCCGUGAGGAGCAUCGCCGAGGCGGUGAAGGAGGCCCUGCAGGGCCAGCAUGUCAACAUUAAAGCUCGAGGGUUCCCCUCCGAGAAGGACUUUGAAGACUACAUCCGAUUUGAUAACCGCUCGGGCAACGUGCUGGCCGGACUAGUUUUCGAGGACUGCUUUGCGCACAGCCAGGAACCCUUGCCGAUCCAGGUUAGUUACCAGCUGAGGUUUAAAUACAGCCCUCGAAAUGCCCCUCGGGGUGAGCAGACGGGCCUGAGCCCAAACAUUGAUCGGGACUGGCACACUAGCUACCUCCUCCCGCUGUUCCAGUUGCCGGGACCCAGGGAAGCCAAGUAUGACGACGGAGGGACGCCGGGCUACUACCGGGAAGGCUUCCUCGCUGUGCAGCACGCCGUGGAUAAGGCCAUCAUCCGGUACCACGCCGGCGAUUCCGCAGCCAGCCUGCUCGAGAGGGUUGCCGUGGUCGUCCGGCGCUUCCCGUACCCGCCCUACAUCAACGACCUCUUCCUGCUGGCUGUCCAGAACCAGCUCCCCUUACUGCUCAUGCUGAGCUUCACCUAUACCUCACUCAACAUUGUGCGCGCCGUGGUGCACGAGAAAGAGAAGAAGCUGAAGGAGUACAUGCGCAUGAUGGGUCUCAGUAACUGGCUUCACUGGAGCGCCUGGUUCCUCAUGUUCUUCCUUUUCCUCUUGGUGUCCAUCUUCUUUGUCACGGUGCUCUUCUGCGUCAAGGUGAGCGAGCAGGGGGCCGUGCUCACAAACAGUGACCCGACCCUGGUGUUCGCCUUCCUGACCAUCUUCUCCGUCUCCACCAUCUCCUUCAGCUUCAUGGUCAGCACCUUCUUCUCCAAAGCAAACGUCGCCGCCGCGGCCGGGGGCUUCCUGUAUUUCUUCUCCUACAUCCCGUACUUCUUCAUCUCCCCGCGCUACGACCGCAUGAGCCACCCCCAGAAGCUUGCCUCCUGCCUCGUCUCCAACGUCGGCAUGGCCAUGGGAGCCCAGCUGAUCGGCAUGUUUGAAGGGAAGGGCACCGGCGUUCAGUGGCGGGAUCUGAUGAAGCCGGUCAGCGUGGACGAUAAUUUCACCAUGGCUCACGUCCUGGGAAUGCUGCUUCUGGACUCGGCCCUGUACGGGCUGGUGGCCUGGUACAUGGAGGCCGUCUUCCCCGGAGAGUACGGCAUCCCGCAUGCCUGGUACUUCUUUGUCAUGCCGUCGUACUGGUGUGGCAACCCCCAGACGGUCUUGGGGAAGGAGAAGGAAGAAGAGGAGGACCCGGAGAAAGCCCUGAAAAGCCAGUACAUAGAAGAGGAGCCGUCGGACCUGGUGUCGGGGAUCAAAAUUAAACACCUCUUCAAGGCGUUCAAGGUUGGGAGCAAGACCAGAGAGGCAGUCCGGGACCUGACCCUUAACAUGUACGAAGGGCAAAUCACUGUUCUUCUGGGGCACAACGGUGCCGGGAAAACGUCGACUUUGUCCAUGCUGACAGGACUGUAUCCUCCGACCAACGGCCAGGCCUACAUCAACGGCUACGAGAUCUCCAAGGACAUGGUUCUGAUCCGAAAAAGCCUGGGCCUUUGCCCACAGCACGAUGUCCUCUUUGAUCAAAUGACCGUGGAAGAGCACCUUUUCUUCUACGCUGGGCUGAAAGGUUUCCCUGUGGAGAAGCGCCCGGACGAGAUCGACCGGAUCCUGCGCAUCCUUAACCUGGAAGAGAAACGCAGGUCUCUGUCGAAGGCGCUUUCUGGGGGGAUGAGGCGUAAACUGUCCAUCGGCAUUGCGCUCAUCGGGGACUCGAAGGUGGUGAUGCUGGACGAGCCAACAUCGGGCAUGGACCCUGUUUCCCGCCGAGCCACGUGGGACCUCCUGCAGCACCAGCGGAGCGGCCGCACCAUCCUGCUCACCACGCACUUCAUGGACGAGGCGGACCUGCUGGGGGACCGCAUCGCCAUCAUGGCCAAGGGAGAGCUCCAGUGCUGCGGGUCUUCGCUCUUCCUCAAGCAUAAAUACGGUGCAGGAUACCACAUGGUGAUGGUCAAGGAGCCCCGCUGUAACCUGGGCGAAAUCUCUCGCCUCAUCUUCUACUACGUGCCCAAAGCCACCAUGGAAAGCAACGCUGGAGCAGAGCUUUCGUUCAUCCUUCCCAAGGAGAGCACGCACAGGUUUGAGGCUCUGUUCACCGAGUUGGAGUUACGGCGAGACGAGCUAGGCAUUGCCAGUUACGGCGCCUCGGUCACCACCAUGGAAGAAGUGUUCCUCAGAGUGGGCAAGCUGGUGGAUUCCUCCAUGGACAUCCAGGCCAUCCAGCUGCCGGCUUUGCAGUACCAGCACGAGCGGCGGUCCAAUGACUGGGCCACCGACGACUCCAGCAGCCUGAGCGGGAUGACGGAUGUGACGGACGACAGCGGGGCCCUGAUCACGGAAGACUGCUCCAACGUGAAGCUGAACACCGGGUUCUACCUCUGCUGCCAGCAGUUCUACGCCAUGUUCAUGAAGAGGGCCGUGUACACCUGGCGCAACUGGAAGAUGGUGGCCGCACAAUUCCUGGUGCCUCUGAUUUUCACCGCCUUCGCCCUGAUCGUAGCCAAGACCUUCCCGGGGCCGAGGGACUCCCCGCUACUCCGGCUGACCUUAAAUCCCUACGGCCGGACCACAGUGCCUUUUUCAGUCCCGCAAGACUCCACUUUGGCCCAACAGCUAGCAAUGCAGUACUCGGAUCUGGUUCGUGAUCAGCACCAGCGGCCGCUGGAGGUGGCAGGCGAUCUGCAGGGAUACCUGAUUUCUCAAGCAGCCGAAGAGGGGGGAGCUUUCAAUGAGCACUGCAUCGCGGCAGCUUCCUUCGAAGAGGGCGAGAACCGGACGUGGGUCACGGGGUUCUUCAACAACCAGGCCUACCAUGCUUCCGCCGCCGCCCUGCUGCUGGCUGACAAUGCCUUGCUGAAGCUCCUAGUGGGCCCCAAUGCUUCCAUCACCGUGGCCAACUUCCCGCAGCCCCGCAACGUGACCGAGACCGCCAAGGACCAGCUCAUGGAAGGCCAGACAGGCUUCGCUAUUGCCGUCAAUCUGCUGUACGGGAUGGCGUCCCUGUCCAGCACGUUCGCCCUGCUGCUGGUCAGCGAGAGGGCCAUCAAGGCCAAGCACGUCCAGUUCGUCAGCGGGGUCUACGUCGUCAAUUUCUGGCUGUCGGCCCUCCUGUGGGACCUCAUCAACUUCCUCACCCCCUGCGUGCUCAUGCUGGUGAUAUUCCAAGCGUUCGACGUGAAGGCGUUCACCCAGGACAGCCACCUGGUUGACGUGAUGCAGAUCUUCCUCCUCUACGGCUGGGCCACCAUCCCCCUCAUGUACCUCCUCAGCUUCUGCUUUUCUGUGGCAGCCACGGCCUACACCCGCCUCACCAUCUUCAACAUCUUCUCGGGCACGGCCACCUUCCUGGCGGUCACCAUCAUGAGCAUUCCAGAGCUUGGGAUGGUCGAUCUCUCAAAACUGCUGGAUAAAGUCUUCCUGGUCCUGCCCAAUUACUGCUUGGGGCAGAGCAUCAGCGACUUCUACCAGAACUACGAGUUCAUCCAAUUCUGCACCUCUUCCUUUGAGGCCGUCCUGGUCUGCAAAAUGUUCAAUAUUAGCUACCAAACCAAUUACUUCGCAUGGGAGAGCCCUGGGAUCGGCAAGUACUUGACCUCCAUGGCAGCUCAAGGGCUCUGCUUCCUCCUCCUCCUCUUCCUCAUCGAGACCAACCUCCUUUGGAGAGCAAGGACCAUCGUCUGUGGCAUGUGCCGGCGGCGGAAAUGGAUGCUCUUGCUGAACAAAAUCCCUGUGUUGCCGGAAGACCGGGACGUCGCUGAUGAGAGAAAGAAGGUCUUGGAGUCUCCGCCAGAAGCGCUUUCUUCCCUGAACAGUCCUCUGGUCAUCAAGGAGCUGACCAAGGUGUACAGCAGCAGGGACUCGCGGCUAGCCGUGGACCGACUCUCCCUGGCCGUCCACAAGGGCGAGUGUUUCGGACUCCUUGGCUUCAACGGGGCGGGCAAAACCACGACCUUUAAGAUGCUGACGGGGGACGAGAGCAUCACUUCGGGAGACGCUUACGUGGAUGGCCACAGCAUUCUGGCCAAUAUCAAAAAGGUCCAGCAGCGGAUUGGCUACUGCCCUCAAUUCGACGCUCUGUUGGAGCACAUGACCGGGAGGGAGACCCUGAGCAUGUACGCCCGGCUGCGGGGCAUCCCCGAGCGCUACAUCGGCAGCUGUGUGGAGAACAUGCUCCGGGGACUGCUGCUGGAACCGCACGCGGACAAGCUUGUGCGGAUGUACAGCGGCGGCAACAAAAGGAAACUGAGCGCCGGGAUCGCCCUGAUUGGCGGCCCGCCCGUCAUCUUCCUGGACGAGCCCUCCACGGGCAUGGACCCCGUGGCCAGGCGCCUGCUGUGGGAUGCGGUCACCAGGACGCGGGAGUGCGGGAAGUCCAUCAUCAUCACUUCGCACAGUAUGGAGGAAUGCGAGGCCCUGUGCACGCGCCUGGCCAUAAUGGUGAACGGGCAGCUUAAAUGCCUGGGCAGCCCUCAGCACCUGAAGAGCAAGUUUGGCAGUGGGUACACCCUGCUGGCCAAAACCCAGAGCGACGAAGAGGAGAACCUGCAGGCCUUCAAGGUGUUUGUGGAGAAAACUUUCCCAGGGAGUGUCCUGAAGCACGAACACCAAGGCAUGGUCCAUUAUCACCUGACCAAUAAGAACCUCAGCUGGGCACAGGUGUUUGGGGCACUGGAGAAAGCCAAAGAGAAGUACCACGUGGAGGAUUAUUCCGUCAGCCAAAUCUCCUUGGAGCAAGUCUUCAUGAGCUUCACCCGUUUUCAGCACUACACAGAAGAUCGAGGGAAGUGAGGCGGGGCCGGAGGGGGCGAGGCCCCCACCAGCUUCGCGGGACUGACCCGCUGUGUGUAUAUAUAGUAUACAUAGAGACAGUAAUUUAUAUUAUCGACCAUGUCUUCGACAAUGCA